AUGAGCAAGGACAGAGAAAAGGACUUUGACGCCUUCAAAGACACUGGUGAGCAUUACCAGACAGAACUCUGGAACUUAGUCAUCAGCGAAAAGGAAGAUGCUCUGUCCAGCUUGCGCGAGCGCCUCGCCGGACAGGACCAGCCACCGCGACUAUUGAUAACAGCCUCUGAAAAUCCGGAUGAACUUCUCAAUUCGCUGACCACUUCGUACAACGCCCAUGGGCACUCGAGGCGUAUGCCACGAGUCCGAGAGAUUUUCUCGAGCAUGGGACCUUUCGUCAUAUCUUGCAAUGCCAUAGCCCGAACUCAGACAGUUGCUCCCUUGUUUUGGGGCAGUCUCACACUCGUCUUCCUGGUCUGUCUCAUUUCACUCAGCGGCCUUUUUCUGAAGGCCGUUCUGCGAUUUGCAACCUUUUGGGAUGAGCUGAAAUCAAUGCUGGAAUCCAUGUCGACUGCAUUGCCCAGGGCUCAUGAAUACACAACAAUUCUCCGCACUCCUCGACUACACACCGCACUACGAGAAGUCUACCACACAGUCAUCGAUGCGUGCAUUGUCAUUCUGGAGUGUCUGCUGUCUAAACAGUGCUUCGCUGCCGUGAAAAUACAGUGGACAAUGCUCACCUCAGAGCACCAGCGGACGGUCAAAAGGCUUGCGGCGGCAAAUACCGAGUUCGAAAAGGAAGUGCAGCUGGCAGAGGUACAAGAGGGUUCUCGACGCCAUCAAGAAAUCAUGGCGCUUCUCCGACCCUCCUUGCCAACGCAGAGUCUGAAGACGAACACUUCACUUCCCCGAAACAGCAGGUUCAGUGGGCAUGAGGAUACUUUGGCGUUAUUGCACUCAUUCCUGGCACCAAGCUUUGAGGGUGAGUCCAACAGCAAAUGGACGUUCUGUUCUUGCCUGGUCCACGCCAUCGGCGGCACGGGCAAGACUGAGCUUGCCCUUGAGUACGCCUACCGUUUUCGUGAGCAUUAUACAUGUAUAUUCUGGCUUCGCUCCCAGACGCGGGCACUUCUCCAAGAGUCAUUCAUUCAGGCCAUUUCUGAACUCGAUAUUCCAAACUUGAAGGAUGAACCACCAAGUAGACAGGUGGAACUGGGUCUCAAAUGGUUUAGAUCUACUGGUAUAAUCAAACAUUUAAAACUACAGAUUAGAAGUCCUACUAAUGAGAGAUUUAUAGGCCUAACCUGGCUCCUCGUCUACGAUAAUGCCGAGGACAUAAACGUACUUCGGGAGUUUUGGCCAGCAGGGUUCCACGGCGCAAUUAUUGUUACGUCCCAGAACCCUUCCGUUGGCCACCUGACUGCGAACAGCAUCUUGCUCCGCACUCUGAGGCCGUCCGAAGGGGCCACUCUAAUCCAGAAGUACCUCAACCGGGGCUUAUCAGAGGCAGCCUCCGCUGAGGAGCUUUCAAGAAUAUUGGGAGGCCACGCACUCGCCAUUGUCCACUUCACUGGUCACGUUUCGAGGUCUCAGUGUCUCAUUGAAGAGAUAACCAAAGGUUUCUCAAAACGACUCCAAUCAAGCUCUGUCUGGAAGACGGAUAGGGAAAACAUAUCUGUGAUGACAAGAGCUUACGCGCAUACCCUUGAGACUGUCUGGAACCUCGCGUUUCAGAGACUCAGCAGCGACGCCAACACGUUGCUUGAAUGGAUUGCUUUUCUCGACCCGGACCAAAUCCCGACGGACCUUUUUAUUGAACCCUCAGACAAUGCACAGCCUGGAGUCCCAGGCAGUGGCUGGGGCUACUGGGAUAUCACGAGAUUCAACAACGCCGUUGAAGUUCUCAGAGAGCGAAACCUCGUAGAGAGAUACGGCCAGGAUGCCGACGACUCUCUGAGAACUCAUCGAGUCCUUCAACGUUGCAUCCUCCAGAGAUUAGACAGCGAGCCGGAUAAGAGGUUCACUCGCUUCACGGAAGUUGUAUCUAUUCUCCGCAAAGCGAUACCAGAUGCCAAUCCAAUUAAUAGAGGAGACAGAAACCAAACCUGGAGAUUUGCUCGAUACCUGCCGCAGAUUGAACGAUUACACUCCAACUUUGUGGACUCAGAGCCGAAAAUAGAAGGGUCAAUGGCAUUCGCGACGGUGCUGGAUGAUACGAGCUACUACGCGAUGACGCAGGAGGAUAACAACCUAUCUCAAAAGUUUGCCAUGACCGGCGUCCGCAUCUGCGAGAACGAGAUAGAGUCCCGCCCCGACAACAUCGAGGCCAAGGCGCUUCUUCCGAAUCUACUCGCGCUAUUAGCAGCGGCGCUCAAUUACUGUGGUGUCACCGGGCGGAAGGAAGCUCUGCAAAUUACACGGCGCGUGCUGGAACUCCGGCAAGAGGAACUGGCAGAGGUCCCGGAAGAGGACUGGACCGAUCUGCAGGCCGUCAACUAUGCCCGCGCCCACGGCGAUCUCAGUUGGCAGCUCUUGGAGAUUAAUCAGCCAGAGGACGCUGGUCCGUUGUUAAAGGUGGCGAUAGGCAUCUACGAGCGGAUCAACAACAAGCUUCGCUUCGCCUCGGCCAGUUCGAUGUAUACCAUGGUAUUGGGUACACAACAAAUGAAGGAUCAGGUCAGAGAACAAGGGAGCGCCAUCAAAAAGACUGUCGAAGAGAUGGUUGGGAGCAAGGACCCGUUGAAUCUCAUGGUGAAUUUCGAGCUUGCGAAUGCUUACUUCACAAUCGGCGAUGUGCGCACUGCCUGUGACAUGAUGGAAGCUGUGUUUCGACAGCGAUCCAUCAGCCUCGGCAGUACCAAUGACAGAACUCUGUCUAGUCAGUACUGUCUAUCUGUAUUUCUACAGAAUCUUAAGGAUCUAGAGGCGGCCGAGUGA